AUGUUCGGGAACUCCAAACACGCCGGCUCACCCGCGGUCUCAGAUCAUGAAUCGGGCAUCAAAAGUGAAGCAAACAACUAUUACGACCCUAACCUCCCCUCCACAGGAGACCCUAUCGAAUAUGACGAACUGCAUGUUGUCUGCCCUCCCCACACCACCGAGCGCAAGCUCAUGAGGAAGAUCGACCUGCACGUCAUCCCCUUCCUCUGCAUUCUGUACCUCCUCGCCUUCCUCGACCGCGUCAACAUCGCCAAUGCCCGCUCAUUCGGCCUCCAGAAAGAUCUGCAUCUCACCAAGAAUUUGCAAUACAACACCGCGCUGACCAUCUUCUUCGUGCCCUAUAUCGUGUUUGAAAUCCCUUCAAAUAUUCUGUUGAAGAAAUUCAGUCCCCGCAUUUGGUUAACGGGGUGUAUGUUCAUGUUUGGCGUUGUCAGCAUUUGCCAGGGCGUUGUGACUUCGUAUGGCGGACUGCUGACCACGCGCUUCUUUCUGGGCCUCUUCGAGGCGGGUAUGUUCCCGGGUUGUUUCUAUCUCAUUGGCAUGUGGUACAAGCGUUCUGAAGCGCAGCGUCGGUAUUCGUUCUUCUUCAGCUCCACCACCCUAGCCGGCGCGUUCGGCGGCUUGCUCGCAUCGGCUAUCGGCAAGAUGGACGGGAUGCGCGGGUACCAUGGAUGGCGUUGGAUCUUCAUCCUGGAGGGUGUUCUUACAGCCGUUGUAGCUCUGGCCUUCUUCUUCUUCCUUCCCUCAUUUCCCGAGGACGCCAAGUGGCUCACGGAAGAAGAGAAGAACUACGUCAAGGCGCGCCUGCAGGUUGACCAGGGCCGCUCGGCUGCGGAGCGCAAGAUCACGCUGCGGGAUGUGGGCAGGGUGUUCAAGGACUACAAAGUCAUCUUAGGGGGCUUCAUGUAUUUCGGCAUGAUUGUGCCAGCGUACGGCUACGCGUUCUUCGCGCCCACCAUCCUGGCCACCUACGGCUACAGCGCCAUCAGUACGCAGCUGCACAGCGUUCCCCCGUGGGCCGCAGCCUUCGCCUUCGCCAUGGUCAUCGCGUUCGCGUCUGAUUUCGCAAAGCACCGGUUCCUGUUUACCAUCAUCCCCAUCUGUGUCUCGAUUGCCGGCUUCGCCAUCCUGUUGACAGUCCACCAUAACCGCGAGCUCGAGUACGCGGCGCUGUUCCUCGUAACCAUGGGCACGUACGCUGCGAUGCCCGUUAUCGUCUGCUGGUUCAACAUGAACCUCGGGGGCCACCACCGCCGCGCUGUAGGUACGGCGUGGCAAGUGGGCUUUGGCAAUAUAGGCGGCAUCAUUGCUACCUAUGCCUUUAUCCAGGAAGACGCGCCGUAUUAUAAAAAGGGAUAUUCAAUCUGUCUGGGCUUUCUGUGCUUUGGCGCCGCGAGCUGUCUGGUGUACGCGUGCGCUGUGAGUUGGGAGAAUCGCAAGAGGGACAGGAUGACUGUUGACGUGGGAUUGAGCGAGUACGAGAAGACAGAGUUGGGUGAUUUGAAUCCUGAAUAUAGAUACCUCCUCUAA